AUGGCAAAGCUCCCAGGUGCUGCCCUGGGUACUGCCUGGGUCCUUUUCUUCUCGUUUACAACAAAUGAAGUUAUGGCUGCAGGACGUGUAGAGGAAUUUGCUUGCUUCACUGACUAUGACAAAGAGCUCACUUGUCACUGGAAGGUACCUGCACAAACAAAUUGCUCCAAAGAAUUCCUGCUCCACUACAGAAAAGAACUUCUUUCUCCACCAAUGAAUGUGUGUGUCCCUGAGAAUGGAAAAGACAGUUUAAGGUGCACUUGCACAAUACAUCCAAAUUAUUUUGUGUCAGGCCUCGUGUAUAUUCUAGCUCUGCAGUUCAACGGGACUGAUAUAUGGAAUUACAGUGUUAGACCAGCCCUGGUAGUUAAGCCAAGGGCCCCCAAAAAUCUUGCCAUUGAGAAAGCUGAAAAUGGUAAUUUCAAUCUGAGUUGGGAGGAGAGCUACACUUCCCCAUCCAUGCUCUCUGGACAGCCAGUCAUCUAUGAAGUGAAAUACUGGAGGAAGCAGCACCCAGCAGAGGUUUCUGUAAAAGCAAUCAAUUACCAGGCAAAAAGCAUUGAAAUUAUUGCAAGCUCCUUGAGGAGAGGCUAUGAUUACAUUGCAAGCGUGAGGUGUAACUACACAAACUACCCAGCCUACUGGAGUGAAUGGAGUGAAGAAGUUGAAUUUCACAGUGAUUACCAGGUAACAGCUGAAGACAUUCUGCAGCUGGCUGUUCCUGUAUCCUGCAUACUGAUCAUGGCAGUGUCUGUAAUUUGUUACUUCUGUUUUGCCAAGAGUUGCAAGAACUGUCUGGAUCAGAGUUUGUCAAGCCAAAACUUCAAGGGAAAAGGUAACGUCAGAAACGUUGAGAAAUCUUGCAGUUGCCAGCGCGAGUCUGGAGAGCAGUUUCCAAAAGUCAGCAGUGCAUUUUUAAUCCCUGAGACAAAUGUGGUUGAAGAGUCUCUAGAAAUCUGUCCAUGUUUAACAGACAUUGAGGCUGAGACCCAGGAAGAGACUAGUGGCCAGAUCACUGUCUUUGAACCUGGUGAGAGCAGUGCCAGUCCUUUCAGAGAGCACACUGAACACAACGAUGCACUAGCUCGCAUGUUUAUUGAGCUCCUGGCAGAUGAGCACAACAUGCAAGACAAUAAAGACUCAGACAUCAUCCCAGGUGAGAAUAAAAACUUUGAGAAACUUGAGUCAGAAAAUCCAUCACAGCAAAACACAAAAGAAAGCACUGUCCAGAGUCAGUGGCCAUGUGAUGCUACUCUCACAGUCUCCCUUUUCACCAAAGCCUCUCAGGAUCGGUACAAUUGCAGUACAGCCAGCAAGAAGUCAGAACAAUCAGAAGAAUCCUUUGAAUCUGGCUAUCGGAGCUCCAGCAUAAAUUCUGCUUCUCUGGAUGCAAGAGAUCUUCAACACACAGUUCAUCAAAGUCUUUUUUCAUGCAGUUCUGAAAGUCAACAUGACUCAUGUGUCCUGAUCCAGGAAUGUCCAAAUAAAUUAUCCUUUGGGACCAAUAAGGACAGAAUAAGCAACCUUGCACAGAGGAGUUUUGAAACCCUCAUCUCUCCAUCCAUGGAGCCCUGUAGUUCUGCCUACAAGAGCUGUGACACCCUCAUCUCUCCAUCCAUGGAACCAUGUAGUUCUGCCUACAAGAGCUGUGACACCCUCAUCUCUCCAUCCAUGGAACCAUGUAGUUCUGCCUACAAGAGCUGUGACACCCUCAUCUCUCCAUCCAUGGAACCAUGUAGUUCUGCCUACAAGAGCUGUGACACCCUCAUCUCUCCAUCCAUGGAACCAUGUAGUUCUGCGUAUAAGAGCUUUGAUACCCUUAUCUCUCAGUCUGUGGCUAAGAGUAGCCUGACUCCAUGUACUAAAAAUGUGUGCUCCUCACCACCUUUGUCAGAGUUUUCAGAGACACAUGUAAAUGACAGUGCUUUAGCUUUCCUACCAGAGGAAGAAAUACAUAAGCAAGUAACAUAUCAAAAUGUUCAAAAGAAAGCAAGUACCAUUUAUUUCCCCAUUGGACUUCAAACAGCUGGUUAUCAACCUUUUAAUGAUUCAGUUGAAUAUAAUGGCACGUACUGUGACAAGGACAGCAAGGGUGUCUCUAGGCCACUAUAUGAACCUGUCAUUCAUCUUUUAUACAACAGCCUGAGAGGAACACCUCCAGAGACCCUAAUCUGUGAGCCUGACCAGAGGACAGAUGAGCACGUAGGUUUGAUUGUACAGGGUUUUGACUGCAGCACUGUCCCAGGUGCAGUCUGUAAUGAGCAUGUCACACAGAGCAGUGAUGGCAAUCUCUGGAUCAUCAACUCUAAUGGGCUGUCUGGUGAUAGCAAAGAGGAAAAUACCAGCCGAGACAAACAGCUGCUGCAUUUGUUAGAGCUGAACUGUCAAGGUUUUAAUAGCGUAGAAAACACUGUAAAGGGAACAAAACCCACCAGGUUUAACUAUACUGAUAAAGAAAUGCAAGAGAGCAGCAGCAACAGACUAAAUACUGACUGUCACUGUCACACACACAACCACUUGAAGAAACUUGGAAAUGCAGGGGCAAAUGAAGAGGUGAUAAGGCAGGUAGCAGGCAGGAAGUGUGACUCACCAGAAGAGUCACUGGACAGCACUGGGCUAAACUUGGAAAGAAAAACUGCAGAGCCCCUGGAGCUCCUGGUCUCAGACAAGUUGCCACCUCCACUUUUUGUGGAUAACUCCUGUCCUUCUGAAUCUUACACCAUUCACAAUGAGGGUUCCAGACUGGCACCUGCAGUUGAAAAAGGACCAGUAGAGCUAUUGAGGGAAAACAACAGUAAGAAUGAGAAAAAAAUGAAACUUGUACAAGCCCUUGCACAGGAGGACAACUGCUACAUGAAGGUAGCCUAG